AUGUUUGUUUUAAUUGUCUUAUUUUUAUGUGAUUAUCUGAAUACUCACAUACUGUGUGUUUUGUCUGGUAAUUUGAAAUAUUUCCGUACAUUUGUAUAUGGUACUGAUGUUUGGAGUGCCAAUACAUUUGCUGAAGUCCAACUAUAUAACUCACGCUUUGCAUUUUCAGACACACAGGAAUGUCUCUCAUUGGCCCUUCCAAUGAGUGAAAUCGAGUUGACACUGAAGUAUGCUUAUGCUGAAGAUUCGGAGGACGAAGAUGAUGUUUAA